AUGUUCCGCACCGCUCCUCGUAUGGCCGGAUUCGUGUUCCGUGAGAACCGUGUCCCUUACUACCAGCGUCUUUUCCAGCAGCACGACGGCAAGCGUCAGUGGUGGAAGACCGAGCGUAGCAAGUACGUCAUGUACCCCUACCUCUUCUCCGUCUACGGUCUGGGUGCUGCUACCACCUACGCUAUGAUCCGCAUGGUCUUCGGCCACAAGACCUGGUUCGGCAAGGAAUAA